AUGAAGUCGCUGAAGUAUGUGGUGAUCCGCGACGGCCGCAUCGGCGGUGUGACAGUCGAGGACAACCAGCGAGUGUGGGAGCUGAAGAAGGUGAUCAAGGACGCAAACCGCAUUUCGAUUGAUGCCAAGGAUAUUGAGCUUUACCCCGCGAAGACGAAGGACGGCAAGUGGUUGACGAUGGAAGGCGACGAAUUGAAGAUGUUGAAGAACGGACUGCUUCAUGAAACCAUCAAGAAUAUCAUGCAGCAUGGAAACGCAAUGGAUCCAACCUAUCCUGUCGGCGAUGCUGCGUUCAGCGUCGUUCCAAACGAUGGUGCCGUUGGUGACAUCCAUGUGUUGGUAGACCUUCCGGCGCGUCGUGAGACUGAAUUUGUCGUCAACGGUGUUCGAUAUCCGGUCAUUCAUCAUCGCUUUAGCUUGCAUCCUGUCAGGCAUAGCAUUGACCUGUAUCCCCCAGAAUUGGUUGCGUUUUGGACGGCUCUACGAACCAAUCACACUGCGGUAGAAGCGAAUGCAGUUGUCAAGUUGCCCGAAGGAAUCCAUCUACUGGGAGAUCCAGCUCUCGGAUCGCAAGUGUACAUUCGGCCUUGCUACCCCCCGCUAUUGAAGUUGUGUUGGGAGAUUAUCCAUGACCCCAAGUCCCCCCACCUCGUGAUCCUCGGCAACCCAGGCAUCGGCAAGACAUUUUUUGGGUUUUUCAUCUUGCUUCAACUGGCUCGUGAGAACAAGACGGUGGUAUACGAGAGCGGGCUGUCGAAGAGUCGCUACUUGUUUGCUGGUGACACCGUGGUCAAAGGAUCCCAAGAUGACUUCGUUGACAUUCUCGACUUGCCAACGACGUACUACAUUGUGGACGCCGCCCAGCCCCCCAAGUGCCAAGCCAUGACGAUCCUACUGACGAAGCCGAAGCUCAAGGUUUGGUACUCGUUCGCCGAGGACAAUUGCGAUAUUCGGUACAUGCCUGUUUGGACCUGGGACGAGAUUUCGACAUGCCACAAGCUGCUGUAUCCGGAUCUUGAGCUGAACGUUGUCACAGAUUGCUUUCGACGCUGGGGUGGUGUCCCUCGCUAUGUUUUGCAGUAUGCGCUCAGGGACACCCAGCAAUCGUUGCUUGAACGAGCUAUUGCCGUAGUAAAUUGCAACUGGGUGACGAACGCAAUUCGCAUGCUCGAUGCAUAUUAUUGCGACGAGGCGUAUCGAUUACUUCAAUCUCACACGUCGCACGUGCUGCUCCACUAUCAAGUCAGCGACAAAUUUAUGAAACUGCACGUGGAUUUCGCCUCGCAAUAUGUCCAGGACGAGGUGUACAAGCGGGCGUGGCGCGACGAUCCGACGACACUGGUGGAGUUUAUGACUGCUGCAUCGUACACUGGAAGCGACGAGUUUGCUGUGCUUCGUGGCCGCAUGUUUGAAAGUUACGUGCAUUCGGUGUUGCCCCGUGGUGGGCGCUUUCAAAUUCGGCGCCUAGAACCCUCAGAAGGAGGCAGUGGUGAAGCCAACGCUGAUCAAGAUGAUAAAGGCGGCGAGGACGAGGAGAAGGCCGAUGACGGGGCGGUGGAGACAAAAGGUGAUGUUGCAGCUCAAGUUAUGGCCCACGGAACUGGGGCGGGGCUUGCGGCGUGGGAUAUUCACGAAGAUGAAGGCAUCGUCGAGGUAUCUCCACAGCGAGCAGUCGUGUUCAACACGAAGGCCAAAGUGGCCUCUGCCGCAAGCGGUACUUAUCUACGCCCCGCUAUCAAGCACGACCUGCCAGUAGACGCGAUAGUCAAGCCAGACAUGUUGGUGACUAUUGCGGCCAAACAUCUGAACAAGCAAAUGGAUCUGGACGACGCUUUGGACCUGCUUGGAAAUCCGGUAGCCCCACGACUCUUCUUCGUGCUCCCACCUGGUGAAUUUGACGAUUUCCCAUAUCAACGUGAUUUCGAGUCAAAAGGCAAUGCGAAAGGAGUUUUCAAGAGCGUCAUUCAGCAAUUUGCCAUGCAAGUCACGCCAGCAGUAGUCCAACGCGAGAUGACGCAGCCGAGCCGCGACGGUCCCAGCAAGGUUGCCAAGCGAAGUCGUCAUGAGUAG